GUACGUUGUCUCCAGUGGUGGUCAAAAAGUGAUGAUAUUUAAACGAGAGUCCAAUAACAGACUUACGAAAGUCAAUGAAAUUCCAGUUGAUACUGUCCCAGACAACUUAGUGGUGGAUCCUAAAACGGGAGACUUGUUGCUUGGAUGCCACCCAAUAGUAUUUAAAACCGCUCACCAUCUCGAUAACCCAGUGGAACCCGCAGCCUCACAGGUACUGAUGUUACACAUGGAUAGCAAUGGUACCAAUUUGACAGGUAUUACGGAGCUAUUCUCAGACGACCUUGAGCUUUAUGGUUCCACCGUGGCUACAUUGUACAAGAAUCGCAUGUUAAUAGGCACAAUCUUGCACAAAAUGAUGUACUGUGAAGUGAAUAUAUUAUAAGGGACGUUUUAUGGUCAAAAUCUCCUCUUCAUCUUCGUGAAAUGCAUGUAUGUUCGUACUCUUAUUCGUCAAUGAAAGAUGAAUUACAGUGAAGGAAAAUGUGAAAAUGUAAGAAUACAGACAUGAAAGUGAAAAUGAAAACAGUAUAAAAGUAACUCAUAUAUAACUCAUAUAUAAAGAGAAGUGAAAAAAUUGACAUUAUACAUAUAGGCUUGAUGUCUUUGACGUUUUUUCUAUUGAAAUAAAAAAAAAUCCUUAUGUUUCAUA